GCGGAAUUGGACGCGGCGGUGCGAAAACUUGUCUGGGAAAAAAAUAAAAACUCGGUUCCUUCAUCAUCUGACUGCUAACUGCAAAGAUCCGAAAUGGCUGCCAUUAUAUCAGAGAACCUCAAAUUCUUUUCCUUGUUUUUUAAAAGCAGGGAUGUUAUGAUAUUUAAUGGACUGGUGGCCCUUGGCACUGUGGGUAGCCAGGAGUUAUUCUCUGUGGUUGCUUUUCACUGUCCUUGCUCGCCAGGACAGAACUACAUGUAUGGAUUGGCUGCCAUUGGAGUCCCAGCCCUCGUCCUGUUCCUGAUUGGCAUAAUGCUAAAUAACCAUACAUGGAAUCUGGUUGCUGAAUGUCGGAAAAGGGCUCUAAAGAACUGUUCAGCCCCGGCCACAUUCUUGUUGUUUGGUUCGAUCCUUGGAAGGGCCAUAGUGGCUCCAGUCACAUGGUCUGUGAUUUCGUUGCUCCGUGGAGAGGCGUAUGUUUGUGCCAGAAGCGAAUUCCUAAACCCUUCAGCUUUCCAAGAUUUCCCUUUAGGAUACGGGCCUGACUCUAUGGCUAGGUUUUCUUGUCGUGACACACCAACAGCACUAAUCCCCUUUAAAGACGAAGUGAUAAGAAGAUUAAAAUAUGAAUCUCAGUUUCUAGGAUGGCUACUGAUUGCUGUCAUUGCCUGUACCAUCUUCUUGGUGAAGUGCCUUCAUCAUUGCUGUUCUCCCUUAAGCUACCAUCAGGAGGCUUAUUGGACACAGUACCGUUCCUGCGAAAAAGAUCUGUUCAAUCGGACUGCUGAGGUCCAUGCAAAAGUCCUUGCCGCCAAUAGUGUUAAACAGUUUUUUGGCUUUGUGGCUUUGGACAAAGAUGAGAAGGAAAUAGUCAGCCAGUACCCAGUGGAUGAGGCCCAGCCGAGCCCUCAGUGGCAGGAGAUAACUGGAGUGUACCUUUAUCGGGAGAACAAGGGCUUCCCAUUGUACAGUCGUCUGCACAAAUGGGCCAAAAAAAUUCUAGGGAACGGUAUGGAUGCAGAGUGCAAAGAAACAGCACUUCUUGCAGUAUGAGGCACCUCUGGUGAGGAGUAUGGUGCAAGAAGGACUGCUGUGGGUGGUUUCAUGUGCCAGUGGAUAAAGGGACAAGAAGUCAUUGCUCUACCUGUGUGUGUAUGUAUGUAUGUAUGUGUAUAUAUAUAUAUAUAUAUAUACACACACGCACUACUGUAACCUGUAAGGUAUAAAAUAUAAUUUAUAAUACAGAGAUAUAUGGGUUUUCUUUAAUAGAUAAACGCUUACAUAUAAUUCUGCUACAUGAUUCCUGACUUGCUGGAACCCUUCCCCUGCAUCCUCAGUUGCCAGUCAUUCCACCCGUGAAGGAUUAUGGGACUACCAGUCCCUCUACCUGCGUGCCCCUUGUUGUUCCUGCUCCUGCCUCAUUCAGCCUAGUUUGCUUAUAGUGCUCACUUUGAUCCUGUUACCCACCUACAUAGCUCUUGUGUAAUAUUAGAACCCAAGAGAAACCAGAUAACAACUGUCAUGAUUUUUAUGGUACUUUUUUAUUUCUAAAUUACACUGUUUACAUAGCAAAUAAUUCACUCUACCAUUUGAAAUAUUGUUCUUAAACCAACAAAUGUAUUUUUUAGCUGUAAUAUUGGUGUGUAGGCACCAUCUCAGUGCAUUGUGCCUGAGUCUGAGCUUUCAGAAGGAGCCAGCGCUACACAUUAGAACUGCUUUCAGGUAACCUAUUGUUUCUCCUACUCCCAUGUAACUGGAGGAGUCCCAAGCUGGACUUGGAUUUCUUAAUAUUGAGUGCUAUCUAUCACUUUUAGCAAUACAGGUGUCAGGGGGCUGAUUUCUUGCUACCUUCCUAUUUAUCAAUAGGUUCAAUGCAGGGUUCUGCUGGAAAAACAGAAAAAAACAUGUUUUUCCAUGACCGUAUUCCUUAGAAGGGGAAUGGGGUUGUGUCUAUGUGAACAAUGUAAAGAUAUCCGUUUCAUACAGAAAGUUGUUCUGAUGCCUGUGCAGAUGGCAUCUAUUGUGAUUAGAGAAAAGCAUAUUUUGCCAGCAGCACUAUGUUGGAGGAACCCAACAUAGUGGACUGGAGAACAAAGAGUCAGAUCUAAGGUUGGGGGAAAAGUGUGUUUUGCCAAGGGGCAUUCUUAUCACAGAUAUCCAUUGCUGCCCUAACGUUAGAGAAUAAAACAUUUGGCUACUGGAACCUUUGACACUAACAUAUAUGUUAUUUUGUGUAUCACUAGCCCUCUGGUAACUAAAAUGUUAUCAUAUUUACUUUCACUAUGUGUGUGAAGCCUGUAGCUGCAAGCUUUAGUCUUGUCUAAACUUUGAGUUUUCAGUGUGUUUUUAGCAUUGUGAAACACAAACAAAAAUGUGGCCAAUGCCCACCUCUGAUAUUACAGCCCUGCACCACACAACACAAAUACUCUUACACGUGUCAUUGCCUCGCCCCCCAUAUGUCAUGAUCCCACCUCCAUACAUCAUUUCUUUGCCCCCAAUGUCAUUGGCCUUUGAUGAAGCCGCAGGUGGCAAUAAGCUCUGAGGCCUCUCAUAGCCCAAGUCUUGUGUUAUAAUCUUUUAACUAAAAAGAACAUGAUCUAAUGUAUGUAGCCAACAGGGAACCUUACCUUAACAAAGUGCAAUUUCUAGGUUUUCUGUAACCUAUACAGAGAUAUGCAAUACAUUUUGCCAACACAGGUACUACCUCCUGCACAAAGCAAAAUUCUGGGUGCAUUGCUCCAUAAAUAUAUCAUUUUUUUUAUAUAUCUAUAAAAAUGGAGCCCUGUGUUUCCUGUUGCUGAAUGAUGUAUCUGACUCAUGUUUGCUGUAAGGAAUAAUUAUAUUUGCACAUCAGGCAACCUAUGUUUCCUAUGCACUUCCAGUGGUACUCAACUAGGGCUUGCUGGAGACUGUUUAAAUGUUAUUUGGAACCGAUGUUACUGAUGAUGUCUCAGGAAUUUUUUUAUACCGUUUUCAGUGUCUGUGUGUACUGUUAUUAAAUCUGUUUUUAAAACAUGA